UCUCCUCCAUCAGUGGAAAUAAACCAAUGCGGGUUUGUUUCAGAGGACAAACAGGUUCUGAUUUUGUUCUCCGUCGCACCGGUCUCAUCCAGCAGCCACUGCGCUGUAGUAUAAACAAUGGCGGGUCCCGAGCAGUCCCAGCAGCAGCAGCAGGUAGAGGAGAAGGCAGAGCACAUAGAUGAUGCUGAGAUGGCCCUGCAAGGGAUCAACAUGCUGCUCAACAACGGAUUCAAAGAGAGCGACGAGCUCUUCAGGAGAUACAGGACCCAGAGCCCACUGAUGAGCUUCGGGGCCAGCUUCGUCAGUUUCCUGAACGCCAUGAUGACAUUUGAGGAGGAGAAGAUGCAGACGGCCUGUGACGACCUAAGGACCACUGAGAAGCUGUGUGAGAGCGACAGCGCCGGAGUCAUCGAGACAAUCAGAAACAAGAUUAAAAAAAGUAUGGACUCCCAGAGGUCAGGCGUUGUGGUUGUGGACCGCCUACAGAGACAGAUUAUUGUUGCCGACUGUCAGGUGUACCUCGCCGUGCUCUCCUUCGUCAAGCAGGAACUUUCAGCUUACAUCAAAGGAGGCUGGAUUCUGCGCAAGGCGUGGAAAAUGUACAAUAAGUGCCACAGUGACAUCAGCCAGCUGCAGGAGGCCUGUCAGCGCAGGUCCUCUGUCCACCAGGGGUCCCUCUCGACCGACAACGCCAACCACAACGCACCGGUGGAGAACUGCGUGACAGCCGAGGCCCUGGACCGGCUCAAGGGCUCCGUCAGCUUCGGCUACGGCCUCUUCCACCUGUGCAUCUCCAUGGUACCGCCACACCUGCUAAAGAUCAUUAACCUGCUGGGUUUCCCUGGCGACCGUCUCCAGGGUUUGUCCUCCCUUAUGUAUGCGAGUGAGAGCAAGGACAUGAAGGCACCACUGGCUACGUUGGCCCUCCUGUGGUACCACACAGUAGUGCUGCCUUUCUUUGCUCUGGAUGGCUCUGACACACAUGAGGGGUUACUUGAAGCCAAAGCUAUUCUGCAGAGGAAGUCAGUGGUUUACCCCAACUCAUCCCUCUUCAUGUUCUUUAAAGGACGGGUUCACAGGCUAGAGUGCCAUAUCAACAGUGCUUUGGCCUGUUUCCAUGAUGCAUUAGAGCUUGCAUCAGACCAAAGAGAGAUCCAGCAUGUGUGUCUCUAUGAGAUUGGUUGGUGUAGCAUGAUAGAGAUGAAUUUUGAAGAUGCAUACAGGUCAUUUGAAAGACUGAAGAACGAGUCGCGUUGGUCACAGUGCUACUAUGCCUACUUGACCGGAGUGUGUCAGGGUGCUGCAGGUGACCUGGAUGGAGCAAGUGGAGUUUUCAAAGAUGUGCAGAAGCUGUUUAAGAGAAAAAACAACCAGAUAGAGCAGUUUGCUGUCAAAAGGGCUGAGAGAUUGAGAAAGAUCUCGCCCACCAGAGAGCUAUGCAUCCUCGGUGUCAUUGAAGUGCUGUAUCUGUGGAAAGCGCUCCCAAACUGCUCGUCAUCUAAACUGCAGAUAAUGAAUCAGGUGUUACAGAGUUUAGAUGAGGCUUCGUGCAGAGGCCUGAAACACCUACUUCUUGGUGCUGUUCACAAAUGUCAUGGAAAUAUGAGGGAUGCUAUUCAGUCAUUCCAGCUGGCUGCUAGAGAUGAGUACGGACGGCAGAUCAACUCGUACGUUCAGCCAUAUGCUGUCUAUGAGCUUGGAUGUAUACUUCUUGCAAAACAGGAGACUCUGGGAAAAGGGAGAUCAUUGCUACUUCAAGCAAAGGAGGAUUUUACAGGCUACGACUUUGAGAACAGGCUUCAUGUCCGCAUUCAUUCAGCCCUGGCAUCUUUGAAGGAAGUAGUGCCUCAGUGACUCCAGGAAAGAAUGGGAAGCUACGAUGGCUAAAGCAAUGCUCAUGGCUUUUUACACCAUGUUUUAAGCCAUUCAGAAUAACUGUAUCAUCCCAGUGAACAGACUCAUGUGUUCUUCAUUCUUAAAGGAUUUGGGGAAAUUCACUUGUUAGUCAUCUUAACCUGGCAAACUGAUAUGAAGUGUCAUCUUUAUGCAUCUUGUACAGAGAUAUUACAUAUAGGGAAUAAGGUAAAUAGAAAUGGCUAGCCAAGGUAUGGCUAGCAAGUUAAAAACUAUGGCUAAAAACUUGACGUCGCGGCACCGCCAUCAUCUUUGCUUGGGGAAAAGGAGGUGUGUAUUCUGUGGUCUGCAUGCUGCAUAAUCUUGAGUGAGCUUUAGUUUCUUAUUCUUUCUGGUCAGUUUCACAACCUUGAGUUACAUUUGGAUUGAAGAAUACUGAGGGAUUGAAGUCCUUCAUUGGGUGAUUUUAAGGAAAAAUGAGAAAGAAAACUCACUGCGAUUGGCCUUGAUUCAUGCCUUCGGUUAUCUGACAUGAUACCACAACCUUUGUGCUAGCUUAAUAAGAUGACUGAAGUACGAGUAUGAAUAAAGUACUUUUAAACGGGCCAUGCCUGGGCUUCUAAUGACCACCAAAAUGUGAGACCAAACACACAGGCUCAGAGUGUAACUAUUAAACCAUUAUGAUAUGACUCACUGGUGUUAGAUUUGUUUAUUAUUCUCACCUGUUAUUAAAUGGGUAGAGCAGACAUAAAUGUGAUUUGACUUGGGCCAUCAGAGUCUGUUUUGGUUGACACUCCUAUUGGUGUUUACUCGAGCCCUCCUGAUGGCCACCAGCCACUUUUUCCCUUGCAAUUCCUCAGCUGGUUUGAUAUGAAACUGCAGGCUUUGGUCUUGUUAGUCAAACAACCAGUCACAAAGCAGCUCUUUGGCAUGUUGGUGUGUUGGCGUCACAAAAAAAUAAUCUUAAUUUGCAGCUUUUCUGAGCAGUUACCAGAAGACACAUUUAGUGUUGUCAAUUUUUGUUCACUUUGCUAGAGCUAAUCUAGCUGUAUCCCCUUGCUUUCUGCCUUAGCACUAAGCUAAGCUAAACACGUCCCUGCUUAUUUCUGAACAGGAUACACAGAGAUGACAUUAAUAUCAAACCUUGACACCGGGCAAAAUAACAAACAAGCAUAUUUCCUCAAAUCUCUAACUGUCUAACUGUUACUUUCUUUGAGUGUUUACCACACCCAAAUGUAUUAGCUAGUGAGUAAGAAUUUUCUUCUUUAACUUGUGUAUUUGGAGGAUUUCAGUCAUGCCUCCUUUCAGUGAGCAAUCCACCACAUGAAAAUAACAUUUUAAUGAGAUCAUAUUUCCUUUAACAGUUACUUUACAAUGAGUAAUAAAAGAUCAAGGUAUUGGUGUUUUUCUUUAAAGUGGAAACAGACAACUCUUAGCUUUUUUAAGUAGUGUUUUUGUUGGCACCAGAGAUGCAAAGACAGCCACAUUGCUUUGCAUUUACCUCAGAGCUGAGCAACGGGGCAGUCUGUCUUUUUCACACUUACCUCCGAUGCUCCGCUGCCCAUCAUUUCCACUACUGGGGAUUGUAACUGCAAAGAACGGACACCGAUACUCUUUGGUAAUUGGGAAUAGCAACCAAUAGCUACUGGGUGCUAUCCUCGUCCUCUUUGGGUCGCACAAUGGUUCAUACACUUCUUUUGUGCCAUAAAUGGAGCCUUCAGCUUUGAAAAGCGAGAUCCUGUAGUGCAGGCCUCCAGAGAUGGCUUGCAAGCUACAAACAGACAAAACAAAAUAUUCUUAGAUGAGCAAGAAAUCAUCGAGUGUACCAGAAAAGUACACUGCCUGACAACAGUAGUAAACACAGACGUACUGCCAAACAUUGCAGUUGUGUACUAUAAUUCCAAUUGUUGCUUAUCUCAAAGUCAAAAUUAUUUUGUACAGCCUUGUUUCCAAGGGGAACUGCUUUUAUAGUGAUCCCUCAUUAUAAGCCAGCAGCAAAAUAAUCAUCUUUCCCCAGUGUGGUUGCUAUUUCUAUCCAAGAAUUGAAGGUCAAGUGACUGUCCCUGUGGCCUCUCAAUGAACAGUUAUAGAGAAGCCUGUACGGGCAAACCUGCUCAGCCAGUUUUCCCUUGAAUGGGUCACUGUUGAACUGAAAAAUUGCAGUGCCCGUAGUGGGCGCCUAGUUUUUGUUGCUCAAACAAGAGACGAAACAACUUUCAUAGCCUUUGCACUUGAAACAAAAGGGGCAAUCAUUUCAUUUAUGGUGCACAAAGCUCAUGCUGGGAAUGCUAGAGGCUUCACCUCUGGGGCUCCGAAAAUCAAAUUAUGUUUGUCUUUUUUAUGACUAAACAUUCAGUCACACAGUAACAUACGACUGUUAAUGUUUUUUGUGGCGUUUUCUUUUACGAGGCCAUUUUAUAGACAGUGCUCCCCUCCUCACGUGCAACUGUUCCACCAAAACAAAUUCGCCCUGAUGAUUUUGCAAGAAAACGGUCGAUGCAUCCUGGGCUUAGCUCCGCCCAAGACGACUGUGAUUGGUUAAAGAAACAAAAACAAGCCUGAGAGUUUUUUUCCUCCCUUAUAGCUGAAAAAAAUAAGACUGACAUAGUGCUGUGGAGAUCUGGCUAUGCAAGACUUGUGAAAGCAAGGCUGAAAGGGAACCAAGCUAAACGCUUAAAUUUAUUCUUUAGCUGUUACAUGAUGCAAUCACCAUUAAAUUAAAGCAAAAAACUUGUCUGUUUCCACUUUAAAACAUGCAGACGACAUUGGAGCAUCAAUAAUGAUCACAUAUCAUGAAGAAGAAAAGGGAAUAAUAAGUCAAAUUUAAUAUCUGAUUUGAUAUAUUCUCAUAAAGGACUCCAUGGGUUGUUAAUUUUUCAGCAGUUAUCAGCAGUAGUGCUUUUCCCAAUUAAAUUGUCAAACAUCUGCUUGUCAAAUUGCAAACACAAAGGGGCCACUUAUGAUAUCCACGAAGGAAAUCAAAUGACAAACUUGUAGUUGAAUUAGUUCCUUUGGGAAUAGUUAAAUAAAAAAAAAUGUCACCAGUCACCGAAAAUCACAAGUAGUUACAACUCGGCUGCUGUGAGUUAGUUAUUCACAUUCAAGUAGUUAGACAUCAUACAUUUGAAGUGAGUGAGUAGUCACCACACUUUAAUGCCCUAAUGAAGUUUUUUAUGGGGCAUUGAUCCUGUGCACUAUGCAUGGUAUGGCAGGGUAACAGUGGCUUUAAGACUGUACUGAAGUCAAAUGUACCUGUAUGUCCAUUCCUGCAAACACAUGUAUAAGGUAUUAUGAUACAGUACACUCUGUGCUGUAAUGUUACCGUUGAAAGGUGCUGUUAAAUGUCAGCCUAAUAAUCAUAUAUUACUAGUGACUCCUUUUUAAUAGUGUUUUAGUGAAACAAGCUUUUGAAUUAGUUCAUAAUAGUGACAAGUUUAUUUAUUACAUAACAGAAGUUGUACUUUUGCAAGUGUCAUUUGCAGUAUGCUAUUUUAGUUUCAAGUCCUGUGAUGGCCAGCAGGAUACACUGACUCAAAAAUAUGAUCUUGAAUUGGAUAAAGGUUAAUAUUUCUGUGAUUUUAACGAACGUUCUCUUCACAGUUUCACACUGUACAUAUGAUUCAUUCUGUGCAGGGUAUUGCCUUUUAUUAAUGAGCACUCUUUUUGUCAUGCAAGCAAUAUAAGCGACAGGAGGGCAUCUCACAGUAAUUUACAGAGGCUUUCAAACAUCUGUGUUUUUAAUCCCAUGUUUAAGGUUGUGGUAAAUUUGUUUUGCUCACGCUAAGCUGAUUUGACAAAGCCAGUCAUCCCCUGUGGCUGUGAUGGAUGUUAAACUGUGGUAAAUGUUGAGGUGACCGCCGUGCGAGUGGGCAGUGCGGUGCAAGUACCGGUGAAAUGUCAGUAACCUACCUGCUGUACCAAAAUACUUCUGUCACUGAAAGAAUUCUCCCUUUUGUCAUGAGAUUUUGUUUAAAUGGGGUUAUAUGUCAGGAUGGUGGUGGUCCAAUGUGUCACUGAACUCUACAAUAAACUGUUCUUCA